UACUAUACAUCACCAACACAAAUAGUGACUAAAAAUGAGCAAAGUGAGAACACUCUGAAAAUCUGUGGAUACAAGAUAGCUGCAGGAACAAUUAUGGGCACUCAUUUUAUUUAAGGAGGAAAUGACUGUGUGUGUGUGUGUGUGUGUGUGUGUGUGUGUGUGUGUGUGUGUCGGGCCCGCUUACGAACCGUCGUACGCCUUUAAAUGGCGUGUAGUGAGUAGAGGGCGGACCAGAGUGGCGCGCGUGUGCGCGUUUGUAUGCGUGGUGCGCCUCUUGCCUGCAGCCGCUGCAAGUCGCACCGAGCUAAUAGCGGCUUUUGUGCGUUUGAUGCACCGUGGUCGAUGCACCUGUGAGGAACGAUAAACCCAGCCCGGUAACGCCUGGUGCUCACCGCCCCGCACCAGCAGCGGAAACACUGCUGCUUUUAGAGGGAUCCUGGAUUUUAAAAUCUACGCCUCUGUGGAGUUUACAGCUGGAUUUUCGCAGUUGGAUACAAUCGGCGGUGUGUUUAACUAAGACAGUGAUGGACCUGAGAGAGACCAGUGGAUUCCUUGUCAGCUCUAUUUCCCAGCAGACAACAUGAAGGAGGAAGUUCUACUCACCCUGAUAGCCAGAGAAGUUCACUCCAUCAGACCUUGCACCAUGAGUCUUGAUAGCAGCUGUUCUGAAGUGUACAAAAAACGUAUCUAAACAUCACCUCCUCCUCCUCCUCCUCCUCCUCCUCCUCUUUCCCUCUGCUGGUCCUCUCUUUAACCCUUAGAAGGAGCACAAAAAUACCUCCAUACAACCACUGCCCUGCAACUACUGGACAAUUUCCUGAUGUGAACACACUGACCCUAAGACUGUUAACCUCAAAGACUGUUUUCCUGCCACUGCCCUUAUCCCUUUGAAAACAUAUUUUUAUAAGAAAUAUUUAUCAGAAUAUAUCCCUGCAAAUACUGCAGAAAAAAACUUUGGAUCCCUGAAACUCAGUUUGACCAUCCUAAGAUUUCACUCUGAUUUAACUCCCCUCAGACACCUUGUUGGAUUAAUAACUUCAUCGCAGCUAUGGAUCUUAUAGGUUUUUCUAUCAGGCUGCAAGUGUUCUUCAGCACAUGUAUGGGACUGGAAUUUUUAGGCACACCAGGUCAGUGGGCACGCUACCUCCGCUGGGACGCCAGCACCCGUGGUGACCUCAGCUUUCAGUUCAAGACGGAGGCCUCGGAGGCGCUGCUGCUGUACUUUGAUGAUGGAGGCUACUGUGACUUUUUGCAGCUAGCAGUAAUGGAGGGCCAAUUGCAGCUGCGUUUCAGCAUCGACUGUGCUGAGACCACAAUUGUGUCUGACAGACAGGUGAAUGACGGCAGCUGGCACUUUGCCACUCUGAGCAGGUAUAACCUACACACAGUGCUGGUACUGGAUGGCCAGGCCAAAGCAGAUGAGGUGCGGCCUCAGCGUCUGUUCAUGAAAAUAGUCAGUGAUCUGUUCCUGGGUGGAGUGCCUCAGGAUAUCCGCAAUGGUGCACUCACACUGCCUACGGUGCGAAACAUGCAGCCCUUCAGGGGCACAAUUACAGACCUCAAAUAUGGCAUCUCACAGCCUCUGUUCCUGGGAAGCCUUAAGGUGCCCUUGGAGUCAGAAGGAUGGUGCACCGUUAACCCGUGUGAGAAUGGCGGAACAUGCUCAGUGGUGGAUGGAGGACCGGUCUGUGACUGCUCCAAAACUGAAUACAAGGGCCGCUUCUGCAGUGAAGAGGUCAACAACAAUAUGCCAGGCCUUGCACACAUGAUGGCAGAACAAGCUAAAAGCAAAGGUACAGCUUUUUCGAAAUCUUUCCUUUUCCGCCUCUAUGAAAAGCGACGCUUGCUCUCCAGGGAAGAGAAUGUGGCCACUUUCCGUGGCUCAGAGUACUUCUGCUACGAUCUCUCCCAGAACCCCAUCCAGAGCAGCAGUGAUGAGAUCACACUCUCCUUCAAGACGUGGCAGCGCAACGGCCUUAUCCUUCACACCGGCAAGUCUGCUGACUAUGUCAACCUGGCGCUGAAGGAUGGAGCUGUCUCCCUCGUUAUCAACCUGGGCUCCGGCGCUUUUGAGGCCAUCGUAGAGCCAGUCAAUGGGAAGUUCAACGACAACUCGUGGCAUGAUGUCAAAGUGACCCGCAACCUCCGACAGGUGACAAUAUCAGUGGAUGGGAUUCUGACCACCACGGGUUACACUCAGGAAGACUACACCAUGUUGGGCUCUGAUGACUUCUUCUAUGUGGGUGGAAGCCCCAGCACUGCUGACCUGCCUGGAUCUCCAGUCAGUAAUAAUUUCAUGGGCUGCCUCAAGGAGGUGGUGUAUAAAAACAAUGACAUUCGACUUGAGUUGUCCCGCCUGGCUCGCAUUGUGGACCCUAAGAUGAAAAUCCAGGGUGAGGUGUCCUACAAGUGUGAGAAUGUGGCAACUCUGGACCCCAUUUCUUUUGAGACUCCGGAGGCCUACAUCAGCCUCCCAAAGUGGAACACCAAACGGAUGGGAUCCAUCUCUUUCGAUUUCCGCACAACUGAGCCCAACGGUCUCAUCCUCUUCACCCAUGGCAAACCUCAGGAGCGCAAAGAUGCUGCCCGCAGCCAGAAGAACACUAAGGUGGAUUUCUUUGCAGUAGAGCUGCUGGAUGGCAGCCUUUACCUUCUUUUGGACAUGGGCUCAGGGACUAUCAAGGUGAAAGCCACGCAGACAAAGGUCAAUGAUGGUGCCUGGUAUCAUGUGGAUAUCCAGAGAGAUGGACGCUCAGGAACCAUCUCUGUAAACAGCAGGAGGACCCCAUUCACAGCCAGUGGUGAGAGCGAGAUUCUGGACUUGGAGGGUGACAUGUACUUGGGUGGGCUUCCCAAUGACCGCACCAACCUAAUCCUGCCCACCGAGCUCUGGACAGCGAUGCUCAACUAUGGCUAUGUGGGCUGUAUCCGUGACCUUUUCAUUGACGGUCGGAGCAAAGACAUCCGUCAGAUUGCUGAGGCACAAAAUGGUGCUGGCAUCAAACCCUCAUGCAACAAGCAACCAGGCAAGCAGUGUGAGAGCUACCCGUGCAAGAACCGAGGUGUCUGCAAAGAAGGCUGGAAUCGAUUCAUUUGCGACUGCACUGGCACUGGCUACUGGUCACGCACCUGUGAGAGAGAGGCUUCCAUCCUCUCCUAUGAUGGCAGUAUGUAUAUGAAGGUGGUGAUGCCAACCAUCAUGCACACUGAAGCUGAGGAUGUCUCCCUGCGUUUUCGCUCACAGCGGGCUUAUGGCCUCCUCAUGGCAACCACCUCCCGAGACUCAGCUGACACACUCAGGCUAGAGUUGGAUGGGGGUCGCGUCAAACUCACAGUCAACCUAGACUGUAUCAGGAUAAACUGUAACUCCAGCAAGGGACCGGAGACCCUGUAUGCUGGGCAAAAGCUCAAUGAUAAUGAAUGGCAUACAGUGCGAGUGGUGCGUCGUGGCAAAACCUACAAGCUUACUGUUGACGAUGAUGUAGCAGAAGGCCAAAUGGUGGGUGACCACACUCGCCUGGAGUUCCACAACAUUGAAACAGGCAUCAUGACAGAGCGUCGAUUUGUUUCCAGCAUCCCGUCCAGCUUUAUUGGCCAUCUGCAGAGCCUUAGAUUUAACGGCAUGCUCUACAUCGACCUGUGCAAGAAUGGUGACAUUGAUUAUUGCGAGCUCAAUGCCCGCUUUGGGAUUCGUUCAAUUAUUGCCGAUCCUGUCACCUUCAAAUCCAAAAGCAGCUAUCUGAGUCUGGCCACCCUACAGGCCUACACAUCCAUGCACCUCUUCUUCCAAUUCAAGACCACCUCCCCAGAUGGCUUCAUAAUCUUCAACUCUGGAGAUGGCAAUGAUUUUAUCGCUGUAGAACUGGUUAAAGGAUACAUCCACUAUGUUUUUGACCUUGGAAAUGGGCCAAACCUCAUCAAGGGCAAAAGUGACAGGGCACUGAAUGACAACCAGUGGCACAAUGUAGCCAUCACACGAGACAACAGCAACACCCACACACUGAAAAUAGACGCUACAGCCACAAGCCAGAGUAUCAAUGGGGCCAAGAACCUGGACCUGAAAGGUGAUCUAUUCAUCGCAGGACUGGGUCCAGGCAUGUAUGGCAACCUGCCUAAACUGGUGGCUUCCAGGGAGGGCUUCCAGGGCUGUUUGGCAUCAGUAGACCUCAACGGUCGCCUGCCUGAUCUCCUCAAUGAUGCCUUGUUUCGCAGCGGGCAGAUUGAGCGUGGAUGCGAAGGUCCCAGCACCACCUGUCAAGAGGACUCCUGUGCCAACAUGGGUAUUUGUAUCCAGCAGUGGGAGAACUACACUUGUGACUGCUCCAUGACCUCUUACACUGGCACGCAGUGCAAUGACCCUGGGACAACAUACAUCUUUGGCAAAGGAGGAGGCCUCAUUACAUUCAAGUGGCCAGCCAAUGAGAGGCCGAGCACCAGGACGGACAGGCUGACUGUUGGCUUCAGUACCUCUCUGAAAGAUGGCAUUCUGGUCAGGAUUGAUAGUGCACCUGGUUUGGGGGACUAUCUAAUGCUGCACAUACAACAAGGCAAAAUUGGUGUGACAUUCAACAUUGGCACAGUGGAUAUCAGUGUGCAGGAAAGCAGUACCGCAGUGAAUGAUGGGAAGUAUCAUGUUGUUCGCUUCACCAGGAAUGGCGGCAAUGCUACGCUGCAGGUGGAUAACUGGUCGAUCAAUGAACACUUCCCAACAGGGAACAGUGACAUUGAACGCUAUCAAAUGGCCAAUAAGAAAAUUCCUUUCAAAUACGCCAGACCAGUAGAAGAGUGGCUACAAGAGAAAGGACGGCAGCUAACAAUUUUCAACACUCAAGCAACAGUCGCAAUUGGUGGUAGUGAUCGCAGCCGGCCUUUUCAGGGUCAACUGUCUGGCCUUUAUUACAAUGGUCUUAAGGUGUUGAGCAUGGCUGCUGAGGCCAACCUCAACAUCAAGAUUAAUGGAAGUGUGAGGUUGGUAGGCGAUGUGCCCAGUGUGGCAGGCUCAGCCAGGACCACAGCAAUGUCACCAGAGAUGUCUGCUACCUUCAUUGAGACUACAACCAUGAUGUCCACCACUACUACACGGAAACACAGAUCCUCCUCAACUGUACAGCAUACGGCAGAUGACAUUGUGUCAUCUGCAGAGUGUUCGAGUGAUGACGAAGACCUGGAGGAGUGUGAAACGAGCCAUGCAGGUGGGCUAGCACUCCCCACAGAGCCGGGCGUCAGGCGAGUUCCAGGGCCCUCGGAAGUGGUCCGUGAAUCUAGCAGCACCACCGGGAUGGUCAUCGGAAUAGUCGCGGCCGCUGCCCUGUGCAUCCUCAUCCUUCUGUAUGCCAUGUAUAAGUACAGGAACAGGGAUGAAGGCUCCUACCAGGUGGACGAGAGCAGGAACUACAUAACCAACUCAGCAGUGCAGAGCAAUGGCGCUGUCAUGAAGGACAAACAGCAGAGCUUGAAAGGCAGCAACAAGAAACAAAAAAAUAAGGACAAGGAGUAUUAUGUGUGACUGUGAGACUUUCGUGAAGAUGAGAGAAUGAAGAAAGAAAGCACUAAGAGAACAUUUACUUAUCAGUUUCCUUGCAAGGAGCUAUGACAAAUGAUGGUAUAACAUGGAACUUGAAUAAUCCUAUACUGUGCUGAGUAGUUGAACUGAAGAUAUGUACUGUAAUAUAAAGCACACUUACUAUUGUAAGCAUAACGACCAGGCUAAAUAGCAGUUUUAGAGAACUUACUCUUCUAUUUGGUCAGAGACAUUAUCAGUAUAGAAAUAUUCCAUAGCUACAUCAUUCUCCUAAGUGACUUUUAGAGCUAUGUGAUCCUUGGCAUUGAAACAACUUUUUUGUAAAAUUGUUAAUUACAAAAGGCUCAUAAUCUUAUACAUUUUCAGCAUGUAAGUAGUGUUAACAAGAGGGGGUCAGGCACACCAUUACUGUAAAGGUUAAAAAAAGGACUCUUACUGUAUCAGAUUAUGAGAAUUUUUUAUGGUUUAUACAUAACACAAGUGUGGUGUCUACCAUAUUUUUGCUUAAAGCAAAAGGGAAAAAAUGACAAAACAACAGCAAGUGAAGAAAACUAUGUCUGUGGAUAAAAUGAUACAAAGUGAGCAAAUUGCCAUCGGCAGAUCUCCUAAAAUCUAUUUGCUCUGGCAUCUGAUUCACCACAAUUAUUCUCAUUGUUUGACAGUGAGACUCACUUAAUGAAUAGAAGUGAUGGGUUCUCUGCAUAAAAAGCAACUGAUAGUAAAGUGCAUGCCAUCCUAAUUCUACAGUAAAGUCCAGUGCAGUAAAUUUCCAGUAUGCAGUGUUCAACUUUGACCAUGUUCUUAUAAUUAAUGCCAAACAGUUCUUCACUAUCAGAUCAGAGCUUAGGCCCUCUUUUUGAACCCUUCAAAAAUUUAAACUGGACAAAACAAUGUCUAAAAAAGGUCCAUUAUUGAUGCACAGCCAAUGGUGGUUUUAUCUCUUUGCAAAACUGUAUGUAAGUUUGUUGCCUGUCGUUCUCUUUUUCUACUGAGGUGUCAGGAGGAAGACAAUUGCAGUACUACAACACUGUUAAGAAAUGUGUAUACAGAAAUAAAUCAAAUGUUGAAAGUGUGAAUUCUAUCUGCUGUCACAGUCAACUGUGUCAAAAAACAGGAAAUUUGUUUACAUAUUUUAUUACAUGCUAGCUGUUGUACUUUGUAGGUAGGAAAUUGUACAUAUACCAUGACAGUUGUAAUUUUUAGUACUUCUACUGUACAGACUAAACAUAUGGUUUAUCAGCGUAUUUCAUGACAGAAUAUACUAACUGUUAAUUUACAUGGAGAAAAACUUUAAUCACAAUGUGGAAAAUCAUAUUGAUAUUUCAUAAAGGAUAAAAUGUAUUGUUAGCCUAGAGAUCUAACCAGAGAUGUUUCUAAAGUUGCAUGAAUAUUUAACUACUUGCAGUUGUCCUACAAAUACAAGGUGCCCUUCCUUCUGUAUCUUGGCUUUCUUGUCCUGGGUUACAUUAGUGAUAUUUCUUUUUCAAAGAGAAUUAAGUCAGAGUUAUGACAAAUACAGAAAGACAAAGAGGCUAUAAUGGAUGGGGGUUCACAGUUUAAACGAGCUAAAAUGGUGAGGGGUCUCUUUUUUUAAAUGGGACUGGUCACCUCAAAUCAUUGUCUUGUCACCUUUUGAUCAUUAGUUAACAAUAUUUUAUUGUCCCAUUAUGUUUCUCUUUUCUGCUGCCAUUUGAUUAUGAGGAGGUGCAGUGUUUUCCUUGCCUGAAAUUCAUAUUUUUUGUGUUAUGACUGUUUCUUUUCAUAACCUUUUUUCAUCAGUUUGACAGCAAAUAAAACACUUUUUUUCUCUGAAA